UUCUGAAUGAAGUCAUCACCGCUGUACGUCUGCCGUCGUCGGCAAGCCCAUGUAAAUUUGGUCAAAAUUAUCACAGAAUGGCCGCCCAAAGGCCUAUAGAAUGGGUGGCACUGCUUAUUCUACGCUUUGAAGAUCAGCUUCCAGGGCGUCCAGGUGGUCAGGCUAGUCAUGCCAGACAGGACUUGGAACGCAACAAAGAAUGUUUGAUCAGAGUCAGCAAGAAUCUGUUCUCUCAGGUCAUCAGCGGCCUUGCAACUAUUCUCAAGAACCUUGCAUCUACUAAGGGGCUGAAUCCAGAUCAAGAGAAAAGUCUUUUUCAGUCUCAGCUCAUCAUUUUAGACACUCUAGAGAAAUGUCUCUCAGCUCAACCCAAAGACACGUCUCGUUCCGACGAGACCAUGUUGGUCAAAUCUCUUCUGCCGGAAAUCUGUCAGCUGCUGAACGUUAUCUCUGAGAACCCUCUUACGCACCAACUUAGAACAUCUGCUUCUAGAGUCCUGUUUGCACUGAGUCUGAACAACUUCAAUGCAGUGUUCAGUAGGAUAUCAGCGAGACUCGAUGCAUUGAGCAAAUCCAGUGAUGAAACAUGUGAUGAGAGUGAUAUAGAGCUGAUACAACACAUCAAUGUUGACUGUGCUAGACUUACAAGACUACUCAAUGAAAUCAUCAGUAAGUUCCACUCUUUGAAGAGAAAUGCCAUGACGGUGUUAGCACAAAGCCUAGAGAAGGCAAUCUGGAAUUGGAUGGACAACUACCCAGUAGAAUUCAUGCAACUUCAAAGAUAUCAACACAGAGACAGUGAUGGUGUGAAUUCCCGUCUAGGACUAACCCCUCAUCAUUGUGCCGAGUGCUGUGAGAAACUCUUUGAUCUUGCUGAAAGCCAACAGGAAUCCACCAAACGAAAGAGCUCAAUGCUUCUUCUACAGGUCAUGCUGCUAGUCUUGUGUCCAGGUCCAUUAGCUGAAAUCCUCCAUUCCAAUCACUCCAACCUAUCCCCUAAGCAAAUGCAGAAGAAGCAGUUACUGGACUCCUUACGUCGGUGGCUAGAAUCCCCCGGCAGUAGCAACAGACAACAGAUGGAGUGGGCUGUGGUAGCUUGUGUCAAGCUUUGUAAGGCUGCAUCUUACCUGCAGAACUCCGAGGGGAAUGCCCUCUAUGAUUGGGUGCUCAAGAUGCUGGCAGAUCUCAAUAAUCAACUGUUCUGUCCGACACGUUCCCUUCGCUCUCAAGUAGACGUUGAGCUGCUGAUAGACAGUGCUGUGGCCUGUUACCGACUCAGGCCUUCUGUUCCAGAACACUUCCGGACCUGCCUUCAGGCACAGUCUCCUACUGUAUUCCACCUGGUACUGGCCCAGGCUCUGCAUACCAUUGUAACAAAGUCUCACAUGCCUUGGUGGCCAAAGAUUGCUCAGCUCUACUGUUUCUCUGAGAACCUAAGGCGUCUCUUUGAACAUUAUCGGAAGUGCAAUCAGAACCACAACACUGCUGUCAGAAAUCCGCCGAGCUUGACAACAUUGAAAUCCAAGAUGCCAGGAUGGAAGUCAAGGGACAAGUCUAGUGAAGACUUCCCCAGUGCUGUUCUUCUCUGGCUUGUUAAAUUAGUCCAUGCUGAUCCUAAACUCAUGCUGCAUAGCCAAGGAUCUGCUGGACAUGUCAUCCAAAACAACACAUACCAGCUGAUCACAGGGUUAGUGAAUCUCAUGUGCCAGUAUUCAACCAUUCCAGACAUCUCAGUAGAAGCCAUGAAAGCUCUUCUUACACUUCAUCAGCCAGGGAACGUGGAGCUCUGGAACCCUGAGGCACCCAUUGCAACGUUCUGGGACAUUAGCUCUCAGGUGUUGUUCUCAGUGGCUCAGAAGCUUCUUACCCAGCAGAUUGUUAACACCACAGAGGUACUCAAAUGGCUCAGUGAGGUCCUUUCCCUCCGAAACCGAUUCCUCAACAAAUACAAGGACCAUGCAACAGUAGAUAGCAACAUUCCAAGAACAAGGGAGGCUCAGAACAAGUUAGAGUGUGUAUUCAUCAUGAACCUAUGGAGCUGUGACCAAGAAGCUAUGUCCACUGCCCUCUCCUGCCUGGGUCAGCUCUGUGAGGAAGCUGAGAUAUGCUGCGGCACCGACGACUAUGCCCUCACUCAGGUGGUGCCCAACUAUGGUGUCUACACAGAGCUAGCCCGCCUCCCGCAAAUAGGACCACAGGAAAAAGUAGCUAAGCGGAAAAGAAUAUUUGCAUCUUUGAGAAAGAUUGAAUAUGUCACCGAUGGCAACAGUCAGGCAUGGGAUGAGACAUACACUCUUUGGGAGAACUCAACACGAUCAUUAGGAUUGUACAAAGGGAAAGGAGAGGACAGUGCCUCACUGGAUAGUAAAGGGAACAUGCGGCGGACUGGAAAGGCAUCACACAGUGUACUACAGCCCAGAGAACAAGAGUUUGAAGAAUGGAAGAACAUGACUGGUUUCUUAUGUGCAUCAGGUGGUAUGUGCCUCAAGUCUAGAAACAGGAGACCUAGAUUUGAUUCACCAUGUGAAGCUGGUCCAAGACACAUAGGAGCUCCAGUCCUUGCUUCAUCUCCAGUCACCGAGGAACCUACAGAUCAACUCAAAAAUUUCAUGGCCAGUCUAUUGAGAUUACUUGUGUGCAAUAAUGAGAAACAUGGUGCUAAGGCUAGAGACUGUGUGAAAGAGAUGAUAGGAGAGGAGCUUGAUCCAGCACUCUAUCCACAACUCUUCCAACAAAUCAAGGAAUAUGUUGAUAAAUUCUUUGACAGUAAUGGACAGGUUGAAACAACAGAGGCCAAUACCUUGUUCAUCAAGCAUGUCAUCCAGGUGCUACGUCAGGUCCUUGGGAAUGGUAGCGAGGAAGAAGAGGUAGCAGAACAUCUAGGCAUCGUCAGUAUAGAGGGCCUUAUACUCUCUAUAACAAGGUAUGUAAGGAGACUAGAUCCCAGCACAGCCAAUGAGAAUGUUGUGAAGAUCAAAGUUCAACUGUGCAAGCUUUUAUCCAUGAUGAUGAUGAGGAGAGAUUGUCUAUCAUUCAGGCAAGAGAUCCGUUUCAGGAACAAGCUAGUAGACUAUCUCUCAGAUUGGAUCCUCGGAUUCUCAAAUGAUGGUGCCACUGAUGAAAUCAAGUCUCUUACAAGAGAGUUGGAUGAAGCAAGUAUGGAAGCCAUGGCCUCUCUGCUGGUAGCACUCCCUCUACAGCCAGAAGAAGGAGAUGCCGGUGAUAUUAUGGAAGCCAAAUCAAAACUAUUUCUGAAAUAUUUUACAUUAUUUAUGAAGCUCUUGAAUGAUGUCAUGGAUAGAGAGGAGGAGAAGAGCGUUGAAUCAACGAGGUCUCUUCCCGAGACUAAUAAUCAGUCUUCACUCAGGAAAUGUACUAUACAAGCAAUGUCAAACCUACUCAGUGCAAACAUAGACAGUGGUCUUAGACAUUCCAUAGAACUGGGUUAUCACCCUGAUGUCCAGACGAGAGCAGCCUUCAUCGAGGUCCUCACUAAAAUCCUUCAACAAGGAACAGAAUUUGAUACCCUGGCAGAGACGGUCCUUGCUGACCGGUUUGAGAGGCUGGUUGGUCUUAUGACCAUGCUCGGUGAUAAGGGGGAACUCCCAAUCGCCAUGGCCCUCGCUAAUGUCAUUGCUUCAUCACAGAUGGAUGAACUAGCCAGGGUUUAUGUGACUCUGUUUGAUGCUAAACACUUGCUCUACCAACUGCUGUGGAAUAUGUUCUCAAAAGAGGUAAAGGUGGAGCUGGCGGACUGCAUGCAGACCUUAUUCCGAGGCAACAGCCUGGCGUCCAAGAUCAUGGCUGCCUGCUUCAAGAUGUACGGUCAGAACUACCUCAAGCUCCUCCUCCAGCCGCUGGUGCAGGAGAUGAUGACGGGUCCGACGAGUCAUAUCCGCUAUGAGGUGGAUACUGCUCGCAUGGAAGCGCAUGAAGAGGACAACCUUCCAGAGUACCAGUCUAACCUUAUGCAGCUGGCCAAGAAGUUCUUCAUUGCCAUUGUCAAUUCAGUCGAUCAGUUUCCGCCCCAGCUACGUAGUGUGUGCCAUUGCUUGAAGGAGGUUGUAGCCCAGAGGUUUCCAAUGAAUACAUUAGGAGCUGUGGGGAGUGCAAUAUUCCUCAGGUUUAUCAAUCCUGCCAUUGUAUCACCCUAUGAGCAUGGGAUUGUGAACAUGAAGCCAUCGUUGAAGGUGCAGAGAGGUCUUAAGUUGGUCUCUAAGAUUAUGCAGAAUGUUGCCAACCAGGUGCAAUUCAAAGAACAGCAUAUGAUGCACUUCAAUAAGUUUCUCAGUGAGAAUGCCGUCCGAGCCAUGAGAUUCUUCCAGGACAUUGCUUCAGACUGCCAUACCAUUGAGAGUGUCAGCAGUACUUCCUACAUCUCUGAUGCCAAUGUUCUUGCCCUUCAUAGAUUAUUAUGGAAUCAUCAAGAGAAGAUGGGUGCUUUUCUGUCAAGUAGCAGAGAUCAUCGAGCCGUCGGACGCAGACCGUUUGAUAAGAUGAUCACUCUCCUAGCUUACAUUGGCCCUCCAGAACAUUCCAGAUUGGUCCUUGAUUCACAUUUUGGGAGCAUGGAUCUGACAAGCAGCAGCUUUGAAGAGAUGAUGGCCAGACGCAACAUCUUCAACGAGGAAGACUUCAAGCGUCUUAAAUCUCUCAACAUCUUCUACCAAGAUGGUAUCUCAAAGGCAGGCAAUCCUGUCUUCUACUACGUAGCAAGGAAAUACAAGUGUUCAGAGAUAGACUUUGAGCAGUUGAUGUACCACAUCUUACUCACUCUCAAACCAUUUGAUAAGAAUCCAUUUGAAGUCGUCCUAGACUGCACCAACUUUGGACCUGACAAUCGCUUCAAGCCCCAAGUCCUUUCCCGUGGUGUUCGUUUCCCUGAACAUGUUACUCAGAACCUGUCAGCUGUCUAUGUCUACAACUGUAACUCAAGACUCAAGGAAUACAUCAAGAGGAAUGAAAGGGUCUUUGUCCUGCUGAAGGGUACACGGAAGAUCAUAUUCAUUGAGUCCGUAGCCAAGCUGGGUGAAUACAUCGAGCCUGAUCAACAAAGAUUGCACAAGGCUACCCUGGGACUGGAUGAAGAUCUGAAAGUAUUCAACAAUGCACUCAAAUUAUCAGACUCACACAAGGAUAUUAAAGUAGCCAUCAAGGUUGGUUCUAGUGCAAUCCAUGUGACAUGUAUGGAGAAGACUAAGAUCCUUGUUCAGCCUGUUCUACUCAAUGACAUCUACCUUGCUUCAGAGAUUGAUGAGGUUGCCCUGGUUGACGAGAAUCAGUUCACGGUGACGCUUCAAGAAGGUCGUCUCCUAUCCUUCAUGCACCAGGAGUGUGAAGAGGUUGCUAAAGCUAUUCAACACAUCAGAACAAGAUGGGAAAGAUCACAACCGCAAGAGACGGUAGCAGUACAUUCCAAGAUCAAACCCAUGGAUGUCCCAGGCACACUUCUCAAUAUGGCCUUAUUGAACCUUGGUAGUAAUGACCCCUGUCUGAGGUCAGCUGCCUACAACUUGCUAUGUGCCCUGACUGCGACCUUUAACCUCAAGAUUGAAGGUCAGCUGCUUGAGACAGCCGGAUUAUGCAUCCCAGCAAACAACACAAUCUUCAUUGUCAACAUCAGUAAAACAUUAGCUGCCAAUGAACCACAUCUUACACUAGAGUUCCUUCAAGAAUGUAUCACAGGAUUCAGUAAGAUCAGCAUUGAACUCAAACAUCUGUGUCUGGAAUACAUGACACCUUGGUUGCCUAACCUCACCAGGUUUAGCAAGAGAUCAGAUGAAUCAAAGAGAUACAAACUGACUGUUGUCUUAGACAAGCUGAUUCAUAUGACCAUCACAGAGAAGCAGAUGUAUCCAUCGAUUCAAGCUAAGGUGUGGGGUAACAUCGGACAGGUGGAGGAUCUCAUUGACUGUGUCCUUGACAGCUUCAUCAAGACAAGUGUAUCUGGUGGUGGACUACCCAGAGCUGAGGUUAUGGCUGACACGGCGGUAGCACUGGCAUCAGCUAAUGUCAAACUAGUAUCUGCCAAGGUUAUCGAAAGGCUAUGCAAUAUCUUAGAGAAGACAUCCCUGUCACCGACUGCAACUCUUGAGAAACACCUGAUGUGGGAUGACAUUGCCAUCCUAACUCGUUACCUUCUCAUGCUGUCUUUUGAUAACUGCCUUGAUGUUGCCAACAACUUACCAGCUCUGUUUCACAUAAUCACCAUGCUGGUUUCAACAGGACCACUAGCACUAAGGGCAUCAAUACAUGGGCUAGUGAUAAACAUUAUCCACUCCCUGUGUACAUGCUCACAACUCAAGUUCAGUGAGGAGACCCAGAAAGUCCUCCAUCUUGCCCUCACUGAAUUCUCCUUGACAAGAUUCAAGAAGAUGUUUGGUAUCAGCAAGGUGAAAUCAGCUACAGUUGCUGCCUUUAGGUCAAGCUACAGGGAGAGACCGUCGGGUCAGCAGACUGAGAUCAUGCCUUUGAGUAGCUUGGAAGCUAUCACAGAUGCCUUGCUAGAAAUUAUGGAGUCUUGUACGAAGGACAUUCCAACAUGUGAAUGGCUGAAAGAAUGGACAGAACGUACAAGGAAGUUUUCAUUCCAGAACAACCCCGCCCUUCAGCCCAGGGCCAUGGUAGUCUUUGGCUGCAUCAACAAAUCCACAUCACCCAAAGAGAUGCGUAGUCUCCUACUCUUCUUAGCUCAAGCUGUACACAAUGCCAUCAAUCAGAAGGAUUGCUAUGGGAGUGGUAUUCAACAGAAUAGCUCCUUGUUGUACAUAGAGUCUAUCGUCAUUGCUAUGACCAGACUACAACCACUGCUGGAGAAGGAUUCUCCAAUGCACAAGCUUUUGUUCUGGGUGUCCAUAGCUGUCCUUCAGCUUGAGGAAGCAGCCCUCUAUGCUGCGGGUAUGGCCAUGUUGGAACAGAAUCUACACUGCCUCGAUGAACAAGGACUCUUUGAAGACACUAGUCCGGAGGUUGUGCUGAUGGCCGUUAGAGAACCUUUAGAUUUCCAGUUCAAGCAAAUGGAUCUAGCUGUUGGUCUGAGCUUCAAGUACAACUUCAACUUUGCUCUUGUUGGACAUCUACUCAAAGGAUUCAGGCACCCUACCAGUGCUACGGUAUCAAGAACAAUCCGUAUCUUAAACCUGAUGCUAGAUAUUGUCUGCAAACACAGAAACUGUGACAAGUUUGAUGUGAACAUGGAAUCAGUAGCGUACCUUGCAGCCCUCUUACCAGUAUCUGAAGAGGUUAGGAGUCGCUGCAGCAUGCGUCGGAACUACCCUAACCUAUCCCCAGAGACACUAGAACUUGACAACUCGGUCUUUGUUCAAGUACAGUACCCUUACCAUCCGACACCCCACCAAGGUCAACAGCAGAGGUCUCCCUCCAAGAGAUUAAGAUCCCCGCAUAAAACCCCCGGCAUCACGAAUGCCACUGUCAAAACCCAGCGGAGUUUGGAUUCAGCACUCAGACAGCAGCAAGGUCCGGUGACGGUUGACAAGUCUCCAUUGAAGCAGUACAAGAGCUUGGACCUGCCACCUCACAGCACGGGGAGAGGGGCUCGCAGUCCGGAGGUGGUGGUUAGCGGGGUGGCUUCAGGGGCUACUGCUGAGGGAGGAGUAGGGGAGAGGAGAGUUCGGCAUGAGAGGAGGACCAGUGGGACUGCUAUGACAAUACCACAACCGAGAAAGGAACGGAAAGUCUCCACACCGUCAGAGAAUGUACUCCUCAAUGAUGAAGUCCUCACAGAGUCGGGUGUGCAAGCUUUGUUGCUAACUGUUCUAGCUACCCUAGUACGUAAUAUGAAUGAAGGAGAUGUAGGCAUCCUGUAUGAAUACCUAGCUGAAGCAAGCCAAGUCUUCCCUCAAGUAUUUCCCACUGUGUAUUCAUUGCUAGAUUCCAAGAUCAGCAAUGUGCUGAGAACCUGUGACAACCAAGCCAUGUUAGCAGCAGUCCAGAGCAUCAUUCAGAAUACCUUGGCCAGUGAAGAAGGCCAGAUACAACCUACAAAUCUUCAAGGUAUUGGAUUUGGCGGCUUAUGGCGAUUCAGCAGUCAGUUUCCACAGAAAUCUGAGAUCCGAGGUACCUCCGACCACUUUGUGAAACUUCUGCAGGCCAUGGCCGAGCAGUGCCGUACAGGAGAUGACAAUGAUUGGCUGUCGGUACCCACGCUUGAGUUCUUCUCACUGACCACGCCCUUAGUGGUAGGUAACCUCUCCAACUCCAUGUCAUCUCUCUGCUCCUCCCACUCUGCGUCCGAUGUUGAACAGCUUUCAUCGUCCCACAGUGCUCAGCUCUUUGCAGCGCCAUCCCAGCGUCUAAGACACUGCUCGGACCACCAAACCAUGAUGACCUCCACAAGCUUGACCGGGAAUGUCCAGGCCAGGCCGCAGCACCGGAGUAGCUUCAAACGGAAGAAGCAGCAGCAGCCUUCCAACAGGUAGCACUGACCUACCAUCAGAUGUUUGUAUUUAUUCAUAUCAUUUCCUUAUUUAAAGACUUUCACGAUAUGCUUCUGCACCUAAGACAAAUGUUACAAUUCUUGUGGAACUGGGAUUUCAACAAAAUGAAAAUUUAAAUGAAAAUAUGUUUAUGAAAAAAAUUUAUUUAUAAUUGAUUAUAGUAAGAUUGAAACUGCCCGUAGAAGUGGGGAUAUGGUAGCACUUAAAAGAUGCGAAGUUUUAUUUUGUAAAUGUAUCAGAGUCUAUGUAUUCCGGUGAUGAAAGUUGGACGGGACAGUGUGUGUUGAAGCAGAAUUUAUUCAGUGUAUGUGGUACUUAUUGAGAUUGAUUUUGUAUUACUUUUACAAACUUUGUUGUAGUCACCAACAGGGAUUGUUCCCUUUGUCAAGAAUGGUAUGCAAGUCGAUACUUGAUAUGUUAGUAAAUAGUCUAAAGUAAUUGGAAUUAGGAAUUAUAGCAAUUGCCGGCCUUGCUCUAAAUGAAGACAAAUUGUAUCCAUUUUUUUUCCUUCUAUUUUCGCAAGAGAAAUUUUCUGAGAGAAUCACGUUAUCAGGUUUAUCUCAUUGCAUUGGAAAUGAUAUGUUGCAGCCCUAUACACAGCAAUAAUAUGAUGUAAUUUGUCCAGUAAUUUUAUUUCAGUCACAGGUUCAUAGCCACUGCUGAGAUUAUGGUGCUUAUUUAAAAGGUAUAUUUGGGUUCCAUUAAUCAAAACGUAGCUAUUGAGCAUUGUUGUAGUUUGUUAAAUCACUCUGCCGAGUAUUUGCUUCAUUUAAUCAGACAUACAUUUCCACACCAUUUGUCCACCCCUCUGUGCUCUCCUUGCCUCACAGUCCAUUGCAAAUGACACAAAAACCCAACAAAACCAAGGAAAUUUAGGUCAAUAAACUUUAAUUUCAUUUAGAUUGGGUAGUGACAAAAUGAACUAAUAAUUAGUACAAGGUUAAAAAAUCAUAUUUCAUCUAGCCAGAUCCAGGCCCCAUUUUGUUAGAACCUAUGCUAUUAUUGGAAAACUUUUGCCUGACAAAAUUUAAACAAAGAGGUGGUGCUUUGGGAAUAGAUUGAGCAUUAUCAGUAGUGCUGAUUGUAUGAUUGAUUGCACCAUUUCUUAUUCGCAAUCAAUCAUACAAAUCAACUAUAUGAUCAGUUGCUGUCAAGGUUUGUGUUAUUGGGACCCAAUUCUUGUUGUCAUUUUUGUUUGAAUCUUUCAUCAUAUACUGCCCUACAUUUCUUUUGCUGCUGUAAAUCAUGACUGCCUUCCUAUCUGAUGGAAACAAGGUUUUGUUUGUCAAAGAUAUGCACAUAAAUUGAUAUUUUAUUAUGUUUAUAGGAGAGAGAAAAAAAGAGCCUUUCCAUUGUAUGAUAUGAUUCCACUACAAGAGUUCUUGGCCCUGUCUUACAAAGAGUUACGAUUGAUCCAAUAAAUCUCAAGUAUAUGGCAAUCCAUCGAUGGCAUAAUUUUUUCUUUUGGAAAUUGCUCAAUGUCCUUUGAAAACAAAGAUAAGCAUACUGAAUUGUCAAGAAAACAGUGAAUGUAUGAUUAUGUCAUUUCCAGAAAAUAUUUUGAACAAACAUGUAUUUUAGAUGUUGACGAUGAUGGCUUCCAUAGUUGCAUUUGGCUGGAUCAAUCGCAACCCUUUGUAAGACCGGUCCCAGGUCAGUUUAUACAGGUAGUUCAUGCACCCAUCGCAUGCAAGACCUAUGGCAAUUUUAAUAGCUUAGGCAGACCAAUUUUCACACAAUAGCCCUCCAAACCCUAUAAGAAGGCAAGUCUUUCAUUUGGGGUCAUACAACUGUUGGGAAGAAAGCUUUUGCUUCUGGCAGGCAUGAGUGAUGAGGGAUGUGUUGUGAUGAGAAAAAAAAAUUGCAAUUGGUUUGUAUGCAAGAUCAGCCUCAACAAGAAUUGAGAUUUUCAACAAAUUUCCAUACCAAGGACUGAAAUCCUUGUCUGGACCGAUUAUGCUUUCACUCGGGUUUCCACAAAAUAGCAAGUCUUUGAAAUGUCAGACAUGAUGUAUUUGAAGGCUAUGAUAUCAAUGACAUGAGCCAUCAUCACUUAAUUUCAAGUUAUAGGCCUAUUUGAUAGGGAAUUACACUGUAAGGAUUUAUAGAUGAUUUUGUAUAGUAGAUUGAGAAUACUCUAUUGACCGUAGGUAAGAUAAUGAAUAUUGCUAGCAAUCCACGAGGAAUUCCUUUAUAUAUCCAUGUUCCCUUUCUUUUAUUAUGUCAUCAUGCUUUAGAUGUUUGGUAGAAACAAAUUAGUAAAUCAACAGAGAAUAUAAAUGCACUUUACAAACAUACCUCCACAUUGAGUUUAGUUUCUUUUCUUUCAGAGGAAGAAGCAUGAAAUAUCGUUUUACAUACAGUUUGAAUGAUUUUAUUUUCCAGAUGAAUAUGUUUUGUGUACUGUACAUGUAGAUAACUAGAUACAGAAAUGCAUAUUGAGAUGAAGUAUCCCUCUUUACACUGUUUGCCUAAUCCCAGUAUGUAGAUCUUUUAAAAUUGUUGUAAAAUACAUACUGUAAAAGGAUGUAGAAAGAGUAUUGUACAAAAUGUGAAUAUAUAUAUUUAUGUACAGGGCCAUCGCUACUGGUUCAGAAGCUACAUUGUACAAUUCAUUGUAUAUAUAUAUAUGUAUAUAUAUAUAUACUUGUAGAAUUGAACAUGCAGAUGGAGAAUGUUAGAAUUGAAUGAAAUGAUAUUUGUACAACUUGCCAGAACUAUAUACCUAUAAUAGUAUCAUGAUGUAUUUGAAAAAUAUUUAAUAUGAAUAUAUGCUUUGUUAAAUAUGCAAAACAUGUGGAUUAGUUGCCUGGGUCUUCUACAAUGUGUUCAAGCAUUCAUGUAUUUGUGUAUAGAUCACUGUGUUUGUAAUCUUUUGCACAACUCAACACACGUUUGUUUGAUGUCCAGUGCUUCAUGUAGCUUGUUCCCCAUUGCCAAAUCUUCUUCGAUAUAUGACCAGUGAUUCAGUCUCAUGGUCCAUUUGUUUUCUCUUUGAUUCAUUAAAUCAUCCCACUUACCACCAACUUUCAUGUAAUAUAUCUUUGUUUUAGUAGAUAUUAUUACCAGAUAUAUUUCCACAAAGAGAUUACAAUUAUCACACCUCCAUUGUCAUUUAAACCGAAUUUUGAAAGAUAAAUAUGCAACACAAUUAUCAUAGAUUUGCAUUAUUUUACAGUGCAUAUUAAUGUUAUCAAUUGUCAGAUUUUUACUAGGACAUGUUGUAAGGGAAAAAUCAUUUUGUUUGAUUUGAUAAAACUAGGUUUCAACAUUGAGGCUUAGCAGUCCAGAAAAGUACUCAAACUUUUGUUUUUCAGUAACAAUGAUAGCACUCUGUUUCCCUAAUUCUAAUGAAAAUCACUACUCUCUCACAAAAGAGAUAUUUUGUGUACCAGUACCGAAUUCCACUGCUUCUUUCUCUUGAAAUGAAGCGUCUAAACCAUAUCAAAAGGAUGACGAAUCCCAUUUCAUAAGGCUCAAAACAUAGGAGAGGCAAGCAACCAUGCUCCAUGACCCCAAAAUAGGGACCAUUAAGAUUUUUUACAAAAGAAAAAGAAUAAUCUGUCCAAAGUUGCAAUAAACACGCAAUUUUAUUCACGAGUCCACCGUUUGAUGAGUGGACUCAUUAAUUCAAAACAGUGAAGUCAUGAAUAAAUUAGCGUGGAUAACCACGGAAACGGGCGUCAACUUGGUGCACUUUGACAAAAGCGCGCAUCAGCAUUGGACAUUUCUUAAUUUGCGCACUAAAUAAGCAUAAUUUAUACAGGAAAUCAGCAGAAACCAUGGGUUCAACCGAUGGUUUUAAAAACCACCUUUGUGAAUUUGGGCCUUUAUGUCACCGUGUAUGAAUACUAGGAGAAAAAGAAAUGUUGCCGAGUUUUGUCUCGUCUCGUCAUAGCUUUCUAGUUUUCAGGAAACCACAAUACUGAACUGUCAACUUCAUUUUUAAUAGAGAUGAAAGGUUCUGGUGCCCAUAUAUUGCUUUGCCUAGAGAGCCAUAAAUGCCGAGAAUAGUGUUCCACAUACCCAAGAUUAACACCUUGGUCACAUUUGUUCUACGGCAGCCGUACGGAGAGUC